AUGUGGAACGAGGAUUCUGAGAAAUGGGAUGCCUUAAAGACUCCUUUUGCAUUCGGUAAACUAGGAAGCAAGAUAUUGGUCACGACUCGGAGCAAAGGCAUUGCAUCGAUGGUGCGCACUGCAGAGAAUGAUCAUCAUCUAAAAGUUUUGUCAAACGAGGCUUGUUUUGAACUGGUCAGAAGGCACGCUUUUAAAGAAGGAGAUUCAACCAAAGCAAAUCAAAAGAUGAAAGUAUUUGGAGAAGAAAUUGUGAAAAAAUGUAAGAGUUUACCUUUGGCUAUAAAGACACUUGCCAGCCUCUUGAAAGAUAAAAAGGAAAACAGUGAGUGGAAAGAUAUUCUGGAGAAUGAAAUAUGGGAUUUAAAAGAGGGUAAGAUCCUACCGUCACUCAUGUUGAGCUAUCAUCAUCUUCCACCACUUUUGAAGAGAUGCUUUGCAUAUUGUGCUUUGUUUCCCAAAGACUAUGUAUUUGGCAAGAUUGAAUUAGUUAUGUUGUGGAUGGCGGAAGGUAUUGUUCAAUCAAAACCAAAAGGAAAAAACGAGUGGAAGAUAUAG